AUGUCCAAUCUCGAAUACAAACACAUUGAACCUUCUUCUAAUAACAUCCGUCUACUUCGUCUUUUCAAAGCUCGCAGAUACUAUGAUGACAGUCCCGUUCGCUGUGAGCUGUAUGAGGCACCACUGCCUCUCGAAGACGAGCACGAUGGCACCUAUGAAGCCCUCUCAUACACAUGGGGUGACCCAAAGCGGACCGUCGAGAUUGUCGUAAACAACAAGCACGUACCUAUUACCGCCAACCUGCAUGAAGCUCUGCAUCAUUUACGGCUCCCGGAUCAAGACCGCAUCCUCUGGGUGGAUGCCAUAUGCAUCGAUCAGAAAGAUGAUUACGAGCGCACCCACCAGGUAGCAAAAAUGGGGUUCAUCUACAAGAAAGCAAAAGAGGUUAUCAUAUGGCUUGGUUCCACAACCCCGAAAAUUGAUCUUCUUUUGGCUACGGUCCAAACACUCGAUAAAAGGGUUAGGCUUCGUCCAAAAAGACGGGACGACCCUGAACCCCUUAAGAUUUGGCAAGAUGAAGGUCACUUCUUGCUAGCUGACAUGAAGCGCAGCAAUCCAGACUUCUACACACUCAGGCAGCAAGCUCUUGAGGAACUGAUUCAAAGACCCUGGUUCCGGAGAGUAUGGGUUGUGCAGGAAGCUGCCAAUGCGUCGAGAGCCAUAAUUCAGUGCUCGUGGACCGCAGUGCCAACGAGAGCCUUCGCACUUAUGCCGUCUCUUCUGGGUCUGACAACCGAAUCUCGUUCACAGGCUUUACUUGAAGUCAUGCCAGGCCCAUUACGACAGCAUUCAUGGUGGAACAACGACCGUAGCCUCUGCACCCUGCUUCAGAAGUUCAGUCACUGCGAAUCUUCCGACUCAAGGGAUCAGAUUUUUGCACUUCUCGGCAUAGCAUUUGACUCUGAGAGACCUGGAGCUUCGCUGCAACCAGAUUACCAAGUCGAUUUACGAAAAGCCAUUCAGCGAACGGUUACCUUUCUGGCCUUCGGGGAGAUUGUUGAUGACGGCACGUACAGCUUGCCACUCUGGGACUUGGAUGAAUUUCGUAGCGCACUACCAUCACUAAGGCAUCGAUUGUUCGAAUGGGCACUACACCAGGACGACAGCAUCGCCCUUGCUCGGAAGCUCGUCCUGGAAAACCCCCGCGUCGACGUCAACACCUGGUUGCGCAACAAACAAAAUCCACUGCACUACCUAAUAUCUACCAACAGAUCCAUCGAAAUGAUCCGUUUGUUGCUGGAACGCAUGGACCUUGAUAUUCACCGACCACAGGGAGAUUAUACGCCUCUCAGUCGCGCAGCAGAAUGCAAUCAAUGCAACGUCAUCGAGGCUUUAUUAUCAAGACUAGAUUUGGACGUCGACAUGCGUGAUCCCUAUGGGAGUACCCCGCUAGAACGUGCUAUUCGAGCAGGAAAUAAUAAAGUGAUAGACCUCCUGCUGUCUACCCCGAUCAGCGCUCAUGUGGACAGUCACAUGCUGCAGAGUCGGGACAUUGCACGUAUGGCGUAUGCUGCUGAGUUUGGCAGCGAAUAUGCCGUCAAACUACUCAUACAGAAGGGCGUGAGCCCCGACGCGAUAAGUCCAUCGGGGGCUGAAACGGCAUUGACAGCCGCUGUCAAAGGGCACCAUAUAGAAGUAGUGAGACUCCUGCUCGAUGCAGGAGCAGAUGUCAAUCUUUCGACUGGGAGCAGCCGUGCGCCACUUUUUAUCGCGGCUACAUCCGGCAUCUGGGAAGGCCCUAUACCUCGAACGUCUCAACAUCUUGAUAUCAUGAAGGGUAUGGAGAUAGUGAGACUCUUGGCAAGUCGAGGGGCAGACCUGGAGCCCGAAGGUGAUGGUGAAACUCCCCUGAUGGUUGCUGCGAGAUUCGGACAGCUUCAGAUGGCGGAGCUAUUAACCAGUCUUGGGGCGAACCUGGAAGCUAAGGCUGUGGAUCGAGAGCUUACACCAUUCUGGACGGCUCUGGUGUUCAAUAAUAUAGAGGUCGCACAGCUACUUGCAGAUAGAGGAGCAAACCUCACAGUUUCUCCCAGAGUUCUCUCUAUAGCAAGAGCCUAUGGUGUAAGUCACGACGUAAGGACAAGCUUGGCGCAAGGUGAGAUGGAGAAGAUCUUUCGAAGUGGCUAA